GCAAUUAAGUUUCCUGCUAGUUGUUGGUUCCAAUUUCAUCAUUUUUUGAUCUAACUGUCAAAAUUCAUUCUUCUCCAACAUAGGAACUUAUCUCAACCGUCCAAUCUCCCCUAAUUAAAAAACUCUUUCUUCACACUCCUUUCCUCUUUCUGCUUGACACUCUCGCUGACUCCCUGCUUGCGGAAAACCACCGAUCUAGCAAUUCGCUCGUCAGUAGUUUUCCGGCAAAUUGGGUUUUUGUAUUUCAUCGAUAUCUCAACAAUGGCGGGUGAAAAGAAUAUCGAGAUUUCUGCUGAACCUGUCAGCAUAGUGUCAGAAUCAGAAGUUGUCCCCAAAUUGGCUGAGCAAGAUGUGGCUUCUGCCAAUGAUGGAGUAUUAUCUGAUCCAAUAUCUACUAUCUCUUCCUUAGAUGCCACUGGCGGCAUGAAAGGUGAGAGUCCUCAAGGUUUGGAUGGAGAGCAGGGUGCCAAUCCACCUACUAGCUGUUACAAUUAUUACUACCCAGGUUAGAUGAAGGAUGAUAGUCAUUUAUCCCCAAACAUGAUCUUCAUGAACAUUGUCACAAUCAGGGUACUUGAUACUUGGGAUUUGAUUGCAGUUGGGAUUAAGAAUCAUUCAAAACAGUUUGUUAGAAACAUCAUUUUAGUGUUUCUAAGUUUUGUAUGAUCAAUUUGUUUAUCUAAGACCUGAAGCUAAUUUAUUUCAAGGUCAACUAUGUACAAAGUGGCUGAUUGCUGUUAACU